AUGACGAGCCUCGAGCCUCGGCGGCCACCCGGCCUCGAUGGACUGGCGGGUCCCGGCUCUCGCUCCGUGCUACCUGCAUGGAAACGGGAGAUUCUGGAGAGGAAGCGAGCCAAGCUGGCUAGCCUGGGGGCCGGGCCGCGGGGCUUGGCUGUGGGGGCCGAAGCUGGGGCUGGAGUUGAGGCUGCCGCUGGGACUCCGGCGGGGGUUGGAGGCGUCUGCCCCCGGGAACCAGCUCCAGAGGUGGAGCGGCUGGUACUAGCCGAUAGCUUGGGCCCCCUGCGGGAGAAUCCCUUCAUACGACUGGAGACUGAGCGCAAGCGGCAGCGGAGGGGGCGCGGCGGAGCUCCCGGGGCCCGGCCCUCGACGGGGCGGCCGGUGCAGCAGCUGCUGGAGCUCUACAGUCGCGUCCCAGGCAUUCGCACUAUUCGUGCAGACAACAUCCUCAUCAUCGAAUCGGAGCCCGGCUUUUUGCCCGGCCAAGGGCCCUAUGAGGUGAACGCUGUCGGUCCUCGUUCUGGCCCGGACCCAUUGCAGCAGCUGCUUGCCCGGCGUGGCUGUCCGGUGGCGGAGAUCCGGGCAGCCGAGGUGGUGAUCUACGAGACGCCCCGGGCAGCAGCCGAGGCGGCCGCGCAGCCCGGCAGGGUUAGCCGUCUGUUGGAGAAGUUCGAUUCCCCGUUAGCUAGCGGUGAGCCUCGAUCCCGGGCCCCGUCCCCACCUCGGCGCCGCGGGAGCCCUGAGCGGAGCCGGCCUCUGGUGCCAAAGCCUCCUGCCGUCGAGCAGCGGAACUCGGCGGCCUCCCCAUCCCUGCCCAGCCCCGGACCCUGUACUCCCAGCGUCGGGGAGAGAGCUGCCUGGUUCCAGAGGGAGCAGGCAUCUGCAGCUGCCCCAUCCCGCCACAGUGACUUUCUUGAGAAGACAGGCAGUAACUCUUUCACUGUCCACCCCCGAGGUAUGGCCAGAGGAGGCCGGACAGUACCAAAUGGGCCUGUCAUUGAAGCCACCCCGGAGCCCCGUCUGGGUCCUGCCAAUGGCCUCCCUGCAGGGGGUGGCCCUGUGCCAUCCUCUUCCAAUACUACCAAAGGCACAGACCAGUGGAAGCCAAAUGCUGAGGAGGAGGCACCUAUCCUCCACCCUUCCCCUGGCCCUUGCCUGACAGGCAGUGCCAAUGGGGGACCCAGUGCCACUCCAGCUGCCACUUCCACAUUCCCCAAACACAACCCGGCCAGUGCCACUCCCAGUCAGCGUAGGUGGGUUUCUGCAGCCACCAGCACCAAUGACUCUUUUGAGAUCAAACCUGCCCCCAAGCCAGAUAUGGAGAACAUUCCUGAUGAGGAUAUCCAGGCUAAGGCCUUGGCCAACCUCCGAAUGAACUCUAAAAACUCCUUUGUCUUCAUCCCCAAGCCUAGAGUGGAAGUGCUAGGCUCUAGGGCUGGCCAUCCAGUAGGGAACAAAGCCUUUGAGCAGCCAAAGGGAAAGGCCAGUGUUUCCUCCCAAGUUGGCCACUUAACUCAUGUACCUCUGGAAAAUGGGGGCCAGCACCCACAGGAAAUUGUGCCUGCCUACAGGAAUCACUUGGGGGGUGAGGCCCUUCGGACAGCUGAGGAAAGGGACCCUGAGAAACAAAUAGCUGCAGCCCUCUCAGAGGGGAAUCCCAAGUGGCAGGGAGAGGUCUCAAAACUCCCCUCUAUAGAAAAAGCUUUCAAACAAGAGCCUUGUUCAGGCUUUGAGAUUUCUGACACAUCUCACAGUACUUCUGUCACUCAGAUUCAUGAAGAACCCAGUAAAGCAGGUCUGCCUGUUACUUAUAUUGAUGAGGUAGAUUCAGAUGAUGAAUCCUACCAAGAAGCCAAACCAGCUUUCAGAUUCACUGAUGCUCCUAAUUAUCGACCUCAUCCCUCUCUGCCUAAUAGCAAAUCUGAAGUCCACUAUCUGAACAACAAUACUUUCAAGGUGGUGCCUAAUAGGAAACCAGCUGUCCCUGAGGUGAGCUUCAGCCUGCCAAAUGGGGAACUGUAUACUGAGGAAGAGGAGGAGGAAGACCAAUGGAAAGGGAAAACCCUGGAAGACCCUGAAUCAUCCCAUGAGAAUGUGGGAAUGUUACUCAAGAAACGAUAUCCCACUGUCAAUGAAAUUGAAGUGAUUGGGGGCUAUUUGUCCCUGAAGAAGUCCUGUUUAACCAAGAUCAGGUCCUCAAGGAAAAAGAUGAAGAUUUCCUUCAAUGAGAAAAGCCUGCACACCACAUUUGAAUACCCCUCUGAGAGCUCAUUGGUCCAGGAAGAAGAGGCAGAUGAAGAAGAAGAGGGAGCAUCUGGCUCUGAUGGGGAUGAGGAGGAAAAACCUUUUGCUGUCUUCCUCCCUCGAGCAACUUUUGUAAACAGCACCGUCAUGGAGAGUGCCACUCGACCUCCAGAAUCUAGCACUGGUCUAUCCAGUUAUACCCCAAAGCACUCAGUGGAGUUCAGCAAAUGGCAGGAACAGAAGUAUGAUGCAGGUCCAAGUGAAGCUGGGGCUAGCUCUCAGAAAGAAGUCAUGCUUACCCCAGCCAGCAAGAAUGAUCUCUCAGACUUCCGAAGUGAGCCUGCCCUCUAUUUCUGAUCUCCCAGCACCUUGGACUGGACUGAGAGAUGGACAGACCAACAGCAUUUCACCUUGUCAUUGGAUCUGACUUUGACUGUGUGGGGUUGGAUAUUUUCCAGAUCUUCUGCCAUUCCCUCCUUCCCUCUCCCUGCAGGACCAUGGUGCUCAGGAUGCUUGGCAGUCAUGAGUAGUGGAUGGUACAGUUCUCCAGUGCUGGGGUUGGGGAGUUUAGCCAUCAGGGUCAUAACUCUGCCUGCUGCUGGUUUCCCUGGCCCACAUCCCCUCUCUCUGUCUAGCUUGGUUCUGCCCAGUGACAAAGUACUCAGAAUCUGUGCCUACAGCAUUCACAGAGCUUUGCUGAUUUUAUUCCUACACAGGGCCUCAGCACUAAGAAGCUCCAUUGCCACCUUAUCUUUGGGGAAUGCUAGGGGUUGGCCAUGCUUUUUGUUUCACUACUGAAGCCCAACAGGGGAGCCCCUACUUAUUGGCUCUAAGGAGGCUCACAAUCUGCUGCUUCUGCCCCAAUCCUGAGGCUUCUCUUAUCCUCUGGUUUUAACUGGAGCCUGGGAGCAGAGCAGCUUUCUCUUUUCUUGGUAGCACUGAUAAUGGCAGGUUUGGGGGUAUUGCUGUCCUCUGCUAUCCUGCCCUUCUCCUAGUGCUUCCCCACAUCCCUUGCCCUGACACACCACCCUAUUGGUCCUUCCUAGUUUGCCCGGCUCUGUUCUGCAGAGGAAGGUAUAACCUUCUGGGAGGGUAAAGGUUGACAGCAGGAGAGGAGGUCGAGGCUGCACCUAAAAGGGCCUUCUUUUUCCUGUGCCCUAGGAAAGCAGCAUGGGUCUUUGGGCAGAAGCCUAAGCCCAAAGCCAGCAUAGUGUUAUUCUCCAUUUGCAACUGCCUUUUGUGCCAGGCUGAUUUAGCCACCUGUCUCCUGCUGUUUGUUUUAGCAGGGCAGCCUUCUACCUGCUCCGAAUUUACUACUGAGGCUAGUAAUGCCUAGCUGGUUUAAAGGCACUCCAUGUCUGCACUGGAUAUCAGGAUUUUAUGUGAAGGGGUAGAAUGGGUGUGCACAUGUGAAGAGUGAAUUUAACCAGGCCUGGCCUAGCCAGAAAGCAGGGAUUCAGUCUCUGUACCUUGUCCUGCCUUCCUUCCUCUCUGGGGUCCUUAGGGGCUAGGGGCUUAUGACUCCACAGAUGGUUCUUUCCCCUCCAUUCAACCAGUCAGUACUCAUACACACAGCUGAAAUUAGCACAGUUCACUUUGUAACUAACCAGAAUAAUUUCUUUCUUGUCUGAUAAAUGGGACUCAAUAAACAGCACUAGAGAAA